GAGAGUCUCACGCUUCACCGACUGAGCUAAAGAGUUCUGGUGUUAGGAGGAGAGAGGAAGGAAAACGCUUCUAUCCAAUUUAGCCAUGAAUUUGCCUAGUCUCCAUCCGAAGUGGUGACCGCCCUUUGCCUCUUGCGAGAGUGAAAGGUAACUACAGUAUUUGCUGAGAGAGAGCCCUCUUUAAAAAGUGGAAGGGCUGGUGGGGACGAGGAGGCUGGGGGGCGAGGCCUUCGGGAAAGAGGCGCGGCCGCCGUGGGGCUGGGCGGUUCUUAAGCGCGCGGCUUCCCCAUCGCGGGCGCGUCGCCUUCUGCUUCUGCUCGCGGACCGUGAAACCGUCGGGGAGGCGCAACAACUGCUGUUUUCCUGCUUUGCUGCAGCAACUGCGCGGGGCAGAGAGCUUUUCCUCUCCCCUUGCCGGGCAUUUUUGCGGGGUGCGUCCCCCCCGAGGACUGCGUACAGGCGAGAGCCAUUCUGGAGAUGCACCUGGCCCCCGAAGAGGCACCAGCGAGCGCGCAGGAGCUGCCGGGCUGCUGAGAACGCGCCGUCGAGGGAACGUCGGAAGGCGGCAGGCAGAAUGGGCUGCAUGAAAUCCAAAGAAAUCAACCUCAGUGAAAAAGUCUCAGGAACUCGCCAGAGCUUGGGUGAUCCGAAUAAUUACAUACCAGACCCCACUGACGGUCUUGGCCCAGCACCCAGCAAACCGAAGCCUCCCACAACUGAUGGAACAGAGGAGUUUAUCGUUCUGGCUCUUUACGACUAUGAAGCCAUCCACAAGGAAGACCUGAGCUUCCAGAAGGGCGACCAUCUCAAAGUCCUAGAAAACUCGGGCGAGUGGUGGAGUGCCAAAGCCCUCUCGACAGGCCAAGAGGGGUAUAUCCCCAGCAACUAUGUCGCCAGAGUGAACUCCCUGGAGACGGAGGAGUGGUUUUUCAGAGGCGUCAGCAGGAAGGACGCUGAGCGGCAGCUGCUGAGCCCUGGGAACAUGAUAGGCUCCUUCAUGAUCCGAGACAGCGAGACAACCAAGGGAGGAGGCGCUGACAGCGACAGGGAGGUUAGAUGGCCAGGUUCCUGCCUGGUGCUUGAGGACAAGUCUUGCCCAGCGCCUGAGGACAGGUCCUGCCCUGCCAUCUGUAUCUCUUGCUUGAGCAGGAUGUUCUUCCACAAGGACCACAGGAGAACCCAAACAGCCCCUUGCAAUCUUCCCCAAUUCCUGGGUUCUUACUCCUUGUCUGUGCGAGAUUUCGACAACCAGAAGAAAAUGGAGACAGUGAAGCAUUACAAGAUUCGGACGCUGGACAGCGGCGGCUUCUACAUUUCUGCCCGGAACACCUUCAGCAGCCUGCAGGAACUGGUCAGCCAUUAUAAGGGGCAAACUGAUGGUCUAUGUCAAAAGCUGACUUACCCGUGUAUCGCUCCGAAACCUCAGCAGCCCUGGGAGAAAGAUGCCUGGGAAAUCCCCCGCAGCUCUCUGAAACUGGAGAAGAAACUGGGAGCUGGGCAAUUCGGAGAAGUCUGGAUGGCCACCUACAACAUGCACACAAAAGUGGCCGUCAAAACCAUGAAGCCAGGGAGCAUGUCUGUGGAGGCCUUCCUGGAAGAGGCCAACAUCAUGAAGACCCUGCAGCACGACAAGCUGGUCAAGCUGCAUGCCGUUGUGACCAAGGAGGAGCCCAUUUACAUCAUCACCGAAUACAUGGAGAAAGGUAGUUUGCUGGAUUUCCUGAAGAGUGAUGAGGGUCACAAACAGCAGCUCCCUGUAUUGAUAGACUUCUGUGCCCAGAUUGCAGAAGGCAUGGCUUUCAUUGAGAAGCGAAACUACAUCCACCGGGACUUGCGAGCUGCCAACAUCUUGGUCUCAGCCAUGCUGGUGUGCAAGAUUGCCGAUUUUGGCUUGGCUCGGGUGAUUGACGACAACGAAUACACAGCCCGGGAAGGUGCCAAGUUCCCCAUCAAGUGGACUGCUCCCGAAGCCAUCAACUACGGCUCCUUCACAAUAAAGUCUGACAUCUGGUCUUUUGGGAUCCUCCUGAUGGAGAUCAUUACCUAUGGGCGGACCCCAUACCCAGGGAUGUCGCACCAGGAAGUGAUCCGUGCCCUAGAGCGCGGCUAUCGGAUGCCACGCACGGAGGGCUGCCCAGAGGAGCUCUAUGAAGUGAUGAUGCAGUGCUGGAAACGCAAGCCUGAGGACCGCCCGACGUUCGAGUACAAUCAGAGCAUCCUGGAGGACUUCUUCACUGCCACCGAAAGCCAGUACCAGCAACAGCCUUAAAGGAGAUGGAGGACCUAGAGACAGCAGAGUGGGACAGUCACUGCAAUACGAUGCUUGAGAGAGAGCCAGUGUUUGAUGUCAAGAUCCCGCUGUGGCUUAGGCAAAAGUAGCUGCCUCCAUCUUGGGAGCUUACAAAGGAACAUUUUAUUGACUGCUGUUGGGAGACGGGACUGUACUUGAUGGACCCUCAAGACGAUCCGACAUAAGCAAUUGUUGUGCUCAUAGCUAAAAUGCCUUUUUAAAAACUCCAUUCAGUAGAUGCCAUUUCUGCUGAAGCAUGCCAUGCACUUUUUGUCUCAAGGUUUUGUUGCCUGCUAGAAAACCACUGGCUGUUGCUCUAGAAGUGUCUGGUGUGUGUGUGUGUGUGUGUGUGUGUGUGUGAGAGAGAGAGAGAGAGAGAGAGAGAGAGAGAGAUUGUCAUUUGACGGGGCAUGGGAAUGCAAGAGAAUCUGACUAAUUGACCAGGCAAAUAAUAUUACAAAUAUACAGUACCACUACUUACAGGCAUUCUAACUAAGCUUGCCACCUCUUUCUUAAUCCAAAGGAUGGUUGCUUAUUUAGCAAUAUGAAAUUUUAAUUCUGGAUAGGAAUCUGUUCCCUGAAAUAAACCACAGAUGGUGAGCCUAAUUGGCUUAUAUUGAUUGCAGGAGCCCUGGUAGCAAUGAGAUUAAAUCCUAAACUAUUCUGAUCAAUGUAUUAUUUAUAGGUUAUAAUAUUAUUGAAAUAUCAGUGUAUGCCGACAAUAUUCAAGGGAACAAACUGUUAUUCCUGGUUUUUACUUGGAGUGCCAGGGGAGGUCUGUUACAGACAAAAUGCACGCAUAAUGAGAAGCAGGUUUAUUUUUUAAUUAUGGUUGCAGUUGUGUGUGUUUGCGAAUCUAGAUUCCCGAAGUAGGAAGGAGUUGCUUCUACCCUAUCUUUCAACUUGAAUAAAGCCAUGAUGGCAUUAAAAAGGGCACUGAAAAGCUAUCCUUAGAUUCAUGGAAUACCUGACUACAGUCAAAUAUCAGGCAUCUCUGCUGCCAGUCAGAGUAAACAAUAUGCAGCUGAGUAGAGAAACAGUCUGCCCUGGUAUAAGGUGACUUCCUACAACCAUUACAGGUAGACUGGACAUUUGUAUGGUCUUUCUUGUGCUGAAUCAGGAGUUUGCAAGACUCUUGUGGCUUAGGCACCCUUUGAUCCUUGUGCAAGAGAAAGGGCACUAAGACCACAUCUGUUCACAAGAGCAGGACCACACUGUUUUCACAACUGCAUUUCAAGUUUGGGGCGUAUGUAUUUUUAUAGAAAAUUCCCAAACCAGGUAACAAUAAAACAACAUAGAAAAUAGAACUGCAAAGUUGCAGAAUCCUAAAACAUAAAAGAUUGAAAGAAUGAGAUUUUUUUAAAAAAAUAUGGCAGAGAAGUAGCAUAAGGAGCAAUAAUGGAUCAGUGCCAGUUCAGUGUAUAUUUGGAAAAGAUGACCUCAGUAGAUCUCCUCCCAAAAGACCCACCUCCUCCUUAGGGCUGUCCCCACUGCCCAAUCCCUUGCCCCUCCCAGACCCAAUACAAACGGAGGGAGUGUGGAAUUCCUUCACCUGCCUACUAUUCUCUCUCUCUCUCUCUGGACCAGAGGGAGAAUGGAAAACCAGUCAAGGCUGCUGUCCCAUCUACAUGAUCUUGCACGCUCAGAGGAGUGGCAGAGCCAGGAAGCUCUGGGGAUUGACAAUACCCCCCCCAAAGAAAAAGAGUGUGGAUAAUGAAAGUUGACCAACAAUGCUGACCCCUGCCGCUGACCCUGUAUCAGAUAAAAACAGCAUAUUAAAAUAAUUCGGAAUAAAAAUUGGCCAGUUAAAUAUCCAUAUAUCUAGGUUCUAUCAUUUCAAAUUCAAGGUAGGUAGAUUUCAUGCCAAAUUAUACAUUUUCACAAGGGGGUGGGGAGCUGUCAAAGGGUUAUUUCAGCGGGCUAUAUCCGUUUCCUCUUCCCUCCACCCAUCUGCUCUGCAAUUUUGUUGAUGUUUUUCUUUAAAAGUUAAAUUAAAAUAUACAGAUAUUUUUUCUAGUGUAGAAGGGAGGAAGAAGAGAACUUUUCACUUUUCACACAUCCUUCGUGUCUGCCCAUUUUGUUAGUAUCUUUGUGACGUCAUCUGUUGAGCUGUCCACAGGCUGGACCCAGAGCAGGUGAAAUCCAGAACCUCCACAACUUGGGAUGUUUGCAUUUUUAAUGCCAGUGAAAGUUGAGGAAAUACUUUCCGCAGAUAAACAGAAGCACCCUUACAGCCGGCCUCUGCCUUGUCCUCAUUUUCUGCCUGAGCUUAACAGCUCUGCAAAACUAGGAUGCUCCGUAAUAAAUAAAAUAGGAUUUGUUUCAGGAUAUUUUGAUAUGUUUGGAUGUAAACUUUUUUGCAUGUUUUGUAAUGAUAAAAAUGUUAAGAAAUCAAA